UUUCUGCAAGAAGGGGGGAAAUAAUACAGAUAACAUGGACAAAGAGGCAGCUUUUAAGAUUGAGUUGUGCGCGUGUUCAAAAGUUGAAAGUGGUGGGCUGUGCUGUCCACACAGCGCGCCCUUCCACUUCUAAAAAUACACCCUUGCCCAUCAUCCAAGUUCUUGUUCUCGUACAUAUUUUAUUUUUUAUUAUUAUUUUUUUUGCAGACAAGUGACUCUGUUAUCAGUUUCCAUGGCGAUGCGUGUCACUUAGUCGCGGUCUAUAUUUAGGAGUGCUGUCAAUUAAUGUUGGAGACGAUCUACCAAAUGCAAUCUUGGCCCUGUUGCGUUCAAUGUAGUCACGUUCCUACUUGGUUCCAUGACGCAUUAGCAUAACAUCAUACCAUUCUUAUGCUCUUUAUGAUUCUGUUGACCGCUUGAACCCACUUGAGGAUCUCCUCCAGUGAAUUGACGCACAUUGAGUAUAUGCUCGUGACCCAAUUUGUAAAUAACUGGAAAAAGUUCCUUGACAGACUUGCCCUGUCGACACAGGGAAGGUCAAAGUCACAAUUUGUCUCCUACAAAUGCAAAAUAGAAAGCAGCAAUAAAUGAUUUUCGCAUCUGUGUGGGAGAUUAAACUCACUCGGGGUGUAAUUUGAGCUCUAUCGCACACUUCCAAUCUUCUUCCAAUUAAGCGGCGCGGUGGGGUUCCUCCAGCGGGAGGAGAGCACUCGCGGUGCGGGUUCGCUCGCCUCUCGUAGGCGGUGCUUCCUCGCCCCCCAACCCGCUUCCCCCCUAUCCGUCGAUCUCACUCGCUAUCUCCGCCCUCCAGGGAGAGGCGCAUCCGAUGAGCGAGCGACUCUUUCCUCGUUUCCUACGUCUUCAAUCGCAACCGGUCUGUGGUACGGGACUGUGCUGUAGCUCAUUUUGGAUUUUGUCUGCCCUCCUCGAGCUUUGAUUGAAAACGAAGUGGGAAUCAAAGCGAGAAAGAGAAAUGCUGCAAGCAUGUGGAUGUUUACCUUUUUUGGAUGCUCGCGCGGUUCAUUGCCGUGAGGAGCUGGAGUGUUUUUAACGCUGAACGGGAAUUCCGAUUGUUUCCAGGUUCCCGUGAACGCAUCAUGUCCACAGCCAGCAGGCUCAAAAGAGAGAGUGCAACAUCUCAGCUGCCCCUGGUGGUUCUCACUAGAGUUGGAGGAGGAGAGGAGGAGGAAAAAGAAGAGAGGGGGGAUGAGUGAGGGGUCACUCCAGUGGGACGCUCAGGUGUGAUUCUCUGCCCCGCCGUCGCCGUGGCAACUUGACAACCGGCCCAGUGGGUCCGCAGCCUUGGAUGUGACUGAGCUGUCAACGUUUCACCGCUGGGAAGCAACCCCCCAUCAUUUUUGGCUGCAUGGACGCGUCGUCAAAGUCGUGGCUGCCGCAUCAGGGUCAGUUUGGGUUGGGUGGUCAAGUGGAAGUGUGCUGUGGCGGACCUGGCGUUUUAACCCCAAACCAAUCCCGCAGGGCAAGUUUUGCCUCUGUGCGACAGUCAAGCAUGGAAACGCCUCCCAACGCCACCCCGCAGUCCUUCAGACAACCGAGUUUCCUCAAUCGAAGGCUGAAGGGCUCCAUCAAGAGGGCCAAAAGUCAACCCAAACUGGACCGGACCAGCAGUUUCCGACAGAUGAUCCUGCCUCGGUUUCGAAGCGCCGAUCAAGAGAGGACCCGCUUGAUGCAGAGUUUCAAAGAAUCCCACUCCCACGAGUCACUGCUUUCUCCCAGCAGCGCCGCCGAGGCCUUGGACUUGGUGUUGGACGAAGACGCCGUCAUCAAACCGGUCCACUCCAGCAUUUUAGGACAAGAGUAUUGUUUUGAGGUGACCACUAAUUCAGGGACCAAAUGUUUUGCCUGCCGUUCCGCUUCGGAGAGAGACAAGUGGAUCGAAAACCUGCAAAGAGCCGUCAAACCCAACAAGGAUAACAGCAGGCGCGUGGAAAACGUGCUCAAGUUAUGGAUCAUCGAAGCCCGAGACCUGCCCACCAAGAAGCGCUACUACUGUGAGCUGUGCCUGGACGACAUGUUGUACGCCCGCACCACCAGCAAACCUCGCACGGACACCGUCUUCUGGGGCGAGCAUUUUGAGUUCAACAACCUGCCCACCAUUCGUAGCCUUCGCUUGCACCUCUACAAGGAAACGGACAAAAAGCGACGCAAGGAGAAAAGCACGUACCUCGGCCUGGUCAGCAUCCCCAUCUCCAGCAUCACGGGCCGUCAGUUUGUGGAGCAGUGGUACCCCGUCAUCCAGUCCAGCGUCUUAGCCAAGAGCGGCGGCGUCGGGAGCGGCAAAGUCAUCAACGCCUCGCUCCGCGUCAAGUCGCGCUACCAGACCAUGAACAUCCUCCCCAUGGAGCUGUACAAGGAGUUCGCCGAGUACAUCACCAACAACUACCGAACACUGUGCGCUGUUCUGGAGCCGCUGUUGAGCGUCAAGAGCAAAGAGGAAGUGGCGUUUGCCUUGGUGCACAUCCUCCAAAGCACCGGCAAAACUAAGGACUUCCUCUCCGACAUGGCGAUGUGCGAAGUGAAUCGCUUCAUGGAGCGCGAGCACAUGAUCUUCCGGGAGAACACGCUCGCCACCAAGGCGGUGGAGGAGUACCUCAAGCUGAUUGGUCACCGAUACCUGAAGGAAGGGAUAGGUGACUUCAUCCGAGCUUUAUACGAAUCAGAGGAGAACUGUGAGGUGGACCCCAUGCGAGUCCCACCGUCGGUCCUAGCGGACCACCAAGCUAACCUGCGCAUGUGCUGCGAGCUCUUACUCUGCAAAAUCAUCAACUCCCUCUGCAUUUUCCCCCGCGAGCUGAAGGAGGUGUUCGCCUCGUGGCGGGCCCACUGCGCCGAGCGCGGAAGGGAGGAGCUGGCCGACAGCCUCAUCAGCUCUUCGCUUUUCCUCCGCUUCAUGUGCCCGGCCAUCAUGUCUCCGUCGCUCUUCAACCUGACGCAGGAGUACCCGGCGGAGCGUACCUCGAGGACCCUCACGCUCAUCGCCAAAGUCAUACAGAACCUGGCCAGCUUCAACAAGUUCGGGCCCAAGGAAGAAUACCUGUACUUCAUGAACGAGUUCCUGGAGAUGGAGUGGGGCUCCAUGCAGCAGUUCCUCUACGAAAUCUCCAACACGGACGCCGGAGGGAACGCCGGAGGCUUUGAGGGCUACAUCGACCUCGGCAGGGAGCUGUCCAUGCUGCACAGCCUGCUGUGGGAGGUCAUGGGUCAACUCAGCAAGGACGCCAUUCUCAAACUGGGUCCGCUGCCUCGGCUGUUGAAUGACAUCAGCGUGGCGUUGCGGAACCCCCAGCUGCACGCCGCCACCAACCACCAGCCCGAGCGGCCGAAAGACCGGCUCUUCUCUCGGCCCACUUUCAAUCGUCUCAUGUCCUCCGACUUUCAGAGCCUGAUGAUGCGCGACUUAAACAGUUCUAUAGACAUCAACCGCCUGCCGUCGCCCCCCACCGGCGUGUCGGCGGUCGAGUCGCUCUCGUCCAACCUCAACAUGAGGCGCCAGGCCGAACGAGACCUGCGCUCGUCCCGGGAGGUGUUCUAUGUCACCCGGCCGCCGCUGGCCCGCUCCAGCCCGGCGUACUGCACCAGCAGCUCGGACAUCACGGAACCCGACCCCAAGGUUCACAGUGUGAAUAAGAGCGUGUCCAUGAUGGACCUCCAAGAUUCACGCAUGAACAGCAUCUCCAACCUGAACUCGGUGGGCGACAUGCUCACCUCCUCCCAGGCCUCCAUCGCCGGCCUGGGCCACAGCUUCGGCAACCUGGGCGGUCCCCUCCGAAUGGGCGGCCACCUGCCCAGCGGCUCGGCGGGCUCCGGCCUGAGGCUGAGCCAGAUGGGCCACAUCGGAGGCCCCACCGAGUCCAUCUCCCAGCAACAGCAGCAGGCGGCGGCAGCCAUGCACUACCCGCUGUCCUUCCAGAACCCUCUCUUCCAUCUGGCGGCGCAGAACUCCCCGGCCCAGCCCCCGCCGCCCCUCCUCUUGGCCCCGGAGCCGGAGAACGGCCACCACGACUACGCGCCGGCGUUUGGCAAUAACGCCUUCUCCCGUAGCGAGGACUUGUCGGCGCUGCGCUCUCAGAACAGCCUGGUGCAGCCCAGCAUCGUCCACUCGCACAGCUACAGCGAUGAUUUCACCCGGCAGAACCACAACAAUGACUUUGUCUGGCAUCAGCUCUCACUGCAGGUGCAGGAGUCGCUCCAGCAGCAGCACAUGAUGGGCGUCACUUCUCAAACGGCCACCGGUACCGGCACGCCCGGGUCCUUGGCCACGCCGCCGACGACCGUCCACCCCGUGCGCCAGUCCUCCAUCGCUCCCCAGCUCCUCAAGUCCCAGCGCUCCAUCAACACCCCGGCCACAGCCACGCCACCCAAGGCCCGACCCCAGAGCAGAAAUCUCUUACUGGACUCCAACGACGGCAACUUUGUCCAGGCCAAACAGCGGCAAACUCAGCCGCCGCCGCAACAACAGCAGCAACCCACGCAAACGCAGCAGCAGGAGGCCGCCACGGACAGUCCGGCGCCCGGGCUGCCGUUUCAGACGGGCGCCGCCAAAGAGAACCAGAACCCAUCGUCCGUCGCGGCCGCCGCCGACGACUCGACGGACACGCCCACCAAAAGCGGCAAAAAGUCGCAACAGCUGCAGCCUCCUCAGCAACAUUUACUCAAACCGCUCGGCAACAAGCAGGGUUCCCAGUCCAACCUGAACGAGCGCACGGUGGCCUGGGUGUCCAACAUGCCGCAUCUCUCCGCCGACAUCGAGAGUCUGCGUCCCGACCGUGAGGGCCAGUUGAAGGAAUACUCCAAGAGCAUGGACGAAUCGCGUCUGGAGCGGGUGAGGGAGUACGAGGAGGAGAUCCACUCCUUGAAAGAGCGCCUCAAGAUGUCCCAUCGCAAGCUGGAGGAAUACGAGCAGAGGCUGGUGUCGCAGGAGCAGCAGACUAGCAAGAUCCUGCAGCAGUACCAGUGCCGCCUGGAGGACAGCGAGCGGCGUCUCAAGCAGCAGCAAGUGGAGAAGGAUUCCCAAAUCAAAGGCAUCAUCAACAGACUCAUGGCUGUGGAAGAUGAGCUGAGAGGGGGUGCCAUUCCUGAUAUUAAGCCUCGAAUCCUCACAGACCAGGGGUACGGGGCACUCCCUGGAUCCUGACUGCCGCUACGAAAGCGACUAGGAUCCGUGAUGGUCAUCCAAGUGUGAGCCCAAAAUGGCCGACCGCUCCGCUUGAAGAUCUGCUUGCCAGUCAAGUAGGACCACACACACACCCAAGCUCCUUGUCGCUACUAAAACUUUUCAAACAAUUUCUGACAAUCACUUCACGGCGGAGACCAAUGCGUACAAAGACUCCGACUGGAACUAACAUUCCGAGUUUCUUGAGCUACCUGAGUAUGAGGAUUUGGGGGAUUUUUUUUCCUGGUUACAAAACAGCACUCGAAAAAGUAACCCUUACCCUAAAGCACAAAAAAAAGCAGGACGUUUAGAUUCAUCAUUAAAUUGUAAACGAAAGCCCAAUGUCCCUAAAGAGUAGUGCAUGAAUGGUAGUGAUUCCGUUUUUUCCUUUUUUUUUUGGUACACCCAUUUUAGCACGCUUAGUCUUUUCUCCUGCUUUGUUUGUUCAAAUCCUUUUCCCCCCCCCCCGAGUGAAACGAGCAAGAAAGAAUACUACACACGUUCCGUUUCUUUUCUGGUGCCGUUAUGGCUUUGAUACUACCUCAGAAAGCAGAAAUGUUCUGACUUUGCCCGGCCCAGUUCAAAAUGAACAAUAGAAAGUGUAGGAAAAUGUAAUAUCAGAAAAAGGCUAAUCCAUGAAAGUAAUGCAAACGGGACUCUGAAUGAAGGCUAAAUGAUGGAUUCCAUAAAGUCAGUUUAAAGUCAAGUCAAUUGAAGAUCCCACCGUGAAGCCACCUAAUGUUGUUUACUGUCUCGGUGGCCUUUUGAAGACGGAUAAACGCUGGAUUCAAAUGUUAAGUGGGAUAGUUAAGGUUAAUGAAGGCACAUUCCUGCAGACACCAUGAAACAGACACCUCCCACUAUGUGCCACCAUUUAUGGAAAUAUGGUCCAUUCCGAAGCGGGAAGGUCAUGUGGACAACUAUCACAGGGGUGGGCAAAAAUACUAGCAUUAAGUUAGAUCCACCCCCAGUUUUUGAUCAAUAAAUAGGUGGUUUAUGGUUGUGGUUAAUAUAUGUAUACUUGAAUAUAAAUAAUAAAUAGUUUCUCAUGAAAAUAUGUAUUGACAUCUACAUUUAACCUUUUUUUGUUUUCAAUUUUCCUCCAUUUAAAAAAUGGAGUUUGCCCACCCCCCGCGACAGAGAAACUUUAUUCAUACGGUUUAUUAGACAAGUGUAUCCAAUCUAUUAUAUAGCAAGUGGUGAGGUCACGGACUCAUCUGUUUGUGAGGCAUCCAUGUGCAUGUGCUUUUUAAAACGCGAGGAUAUUUAAGCGAUGUACAUUUUGAAAAGGACACUUUGUCAUGAUUGCUGACAUUUUGCCAUUCUACACCGUGGGCGUGAGAACAACAAAAUGGACGCAGGGUACAGCAACAACGCCAACAGGACAUUUGCCAGUGUAACAUUUGUAAAGUAAGCGUUUCUUUUGUAGUCGGGUGAUCAAUGAAUACUGUGUUGUACCUUGGAGUCGUUUCUAUUUGGUCAAUUUUAACCUCAUGCCUUUAAAAUAAUGCUUUCUUUUAUGAUGAACUAUACAAAGAUUUGUAUGUUUGUUACCAGAAACAUUAGUGAUAAUGAUGCACUCUCCAUAAUACUAUCAUAUAUAUUUUUUCUGCAUUACAUGCUCGUUUAAUGUCGGCCUGGCUGAGAAACGGUCGAGCGUAUUCUCGACGUGGGAAUUUGAAUAAUCAAAGGCUGUCAGGCAUAGACUUGUAAGCAGAUUAUCUACUGUACAUUAUUAUGAGGAGUUCUAGAGAGUACAAUUGACGGCACUGGGUCGAGAUACAAUUAUGGGUUUCAGUUUUCUUUAUAAUUAUCUACCUAUUGAUUUUGUUUGGCCUGCCUGCACGACGGUUUUGUUUUUAUUGUGAAGGGAAAAGAAAAACGUUUGUUUCAUGUUACAUCUGUAAAAUUGAAAAAUCGACUUUAAUAAGAUGCAAUCAUUGAAAUAACUAAAACAGAACCAUUUUAAAUAUUCAAUGAAUGUUAAAAUGGCUUUGUGUUUUGAGCACAAAACAUGUGAAUAUUCAAAACAAACUACAAAGAAAAAAAAUAGGAUACAGGCUAACUAUGAUUUUCUUACUUCUGUCUUCAUUUUUGGGAAUUUGAGAGAUGACCUUUAAUUUGUGGUGUGUCCAAAAGCACAGCAGCGUGUAUAUCCGUCCAAUCUUGUACGAGUGAUUAAAUCAGCACUUUGGGUUGUAAUAUUUUGAAUGAAAUGUAGUAAUAGCUUCUUUAGGUACAAGAUGCCAAAUUGUCUCUAAUAUGACACAAAUAUAUUUAUGAGCCUCUUGGGCCAUUCACCUCAUCAGAAGACAGGAAAGAUCUGUAUAUUUUGAAUGAUGAAGAACAUAUUGAAAAAAAAUGAUGUAUAAAGAAGAGUAUUUAUUUCUCGGCAGCUAUUUAUUCCGCACAAUUGACAUACUGUGCUACAGACGAUCUAACUAAGAGGUUUUGUUUUUUCCCCGGCCUCCUGGAUGUAACUUCUUCAUUGACUUGACAUUUGCUUUGAAACAAGCCAUGCCCCGUCGAUAAAAGCCAUAUUCUAUCCCGAUGUUGUGCGGUGGAUGUUAAAAGUAGGAUUUUUUUGUUUUUUAAGUUUAUAAAGGUCAUUAUCGUAGGUACGAUUGCACUUGUAAUUAUGAUAAUCGGUGUACGUGGAUUGACCAUUUAUCUUUGAAACCUAAAGGAAUGUAUUCAUUUUUCAAAGUAAUCCCCUACCCCCAUCUCCGAGUGAAUUAA